ACUAAACAGCACUGAAUUUACCGAAGAAAGAAAAGAUUUGAAAAAAAUGCAAUCAUUGAAGGAAUCCGCCGCCAACGUGGCCGCCUCGGCCAAAUCCGGCAUGGAAAAGACCAAAGCCACCGUUCAAGAAAAGAUGGAGAAGAUGACGGCCCACAAUCCGACGGAGAAGGACAUUGCGACGGCGAGAAAGCAAGAGAAGAUCCACAACGCUGAGAUGAACAAGCAGGAGGCGCGUGAGCACAACGCCGCCGCCAAACAGGCUGCCCAAACCGGCGGAUCGUACACACACUCCACCACCGGCGCCCACCAGAUGUCGGCACUGCCCGGACAUGGGACCGGGCAGCCGACGGGGCACGUGACGGAAGGGACGAUGAAGUCGCACCCCAUCGGCACGGCCACCGGGACUGGAGGGACCACCGCACACAAUACUCAUGUGGGUGGCGGUGCUAAUACUGGCUACGGAACCGGCGGUGGUUAUACUGGAUAGAGAUUAUUUAAUGUAGUUUUUUUUGUUGUUGUUAUGGAAUAAAAGUAAUUGCCAUUGGCCUCGUUUAAUUUGUUUCUGUAUUUUCUGCUAUUUUCAUUUGUAGUUUGAAAUGGGGUUGAAGUAUCUUUUUAUGUUCAUUGUGUUGGUUGUUUUAGACUGAAUUUUGAAUUGAAA